GAUGAACCACAGGACACACACAGCUCACCACUACAGUCGGCCGGUGGGCUACACUAAUGGACGCAGGGCCCGUAGCCGUGACAACCUACUCGAUGAUUAUGGAGAUGAAAACUGCUACUCUGGACGCUACCUGGGGCCCAGCAGCUCAGAAAGGCAGCUCAUGGCUCGUCUCACAGCAGUUAAAAGGCGUCAGGCUGUGCGCGGCCCGGCAUACAUGUUUUCUGAUCACUCCACCAGUCUGUCUGAGGUGGAGGAGCGGUUUCUCCAGGCAGCAGAGUAUGGAAACAUUCCCGAAGUGCGGCGCAUGCUGCUCCACAUGCCCAAUCUAAAUGUCAAUGCUGUGGACUACAUGGGCCAGAAUGCACUGCAGCUGGCUGUGGCCAAUGAACAUCUGGAGGUGACAGAGCUACUGCUGGGGAGGGAAGACCUGGCCCGAGUGGGAGAUGCCCUUCUUUUGGCCAUCAGUAAAGGCUAUGUGCGCAUCACUGAGGCCCUGCUGGCUCACCCCUCGUUUAAAGAUGCCCAUCGUCUGACUGCGAGCCCCGCCCAAGCUGACAUGCUGGACGACUUUUAUGCUUAUGAUGAAGAUGGGACAAGGUUCUCCCAUGAUGUGACUCCUGUGAUUCUGGCCGCCCAUUGUCAAGAGUAUGAGAUUGUGCACACUCUGCUCAGUAAAGGCGCACGCAUUGACCCUCCUCAUGACUACUUUUGUGGCUGCGACUCCUGCAACUACCAGCAGCAGUUUGACUCCUUCAGCCACUCACGGUCUCGUAUCAACGCCUACAGAGGGCUGGCUAGUCCAGCCUACCUCUCACUAUACAACGAAGAUCCAGUUUUAGCUGCACUGGAGCUCAGCAAUGAACUGGCCAUGCUGGCCAACAUAGAGAAAGAGUUCAAGAAUGACUACUGUCGCCUGUCGAGCCAGUGUAAGGACUAUGUGGUGGGUUUGUUGGAUCUGUGUCGCAGCACAGAGGAGGUGGAGGCCAUCAUGAGUGGAGAGACUGAUGCUGAGGACAGUUACGAGCUCCCGGGGCGACCCUCCCUAACCCGGCUCAAACUGGCUAUCAAAUAUGAACUCAAAAAGUUUGUGGCCCAUCCAAACUGCCAGCAGCAGCUUUUGAGUAUCUGGUACGAUAACCUGCCUGGUCUGAGACAGCAGACCACUGCAGUCAAACUCCUGGUUGUAUUCGCUGUGGCAGUGGGACUUCCUGUUUUAGCACUGGCCUACUGGGUCGCCCCCUGCAGCAGAGUUGGAAAGGUGAUGCGGAGCCCUUUCAUGAAGUUUGUGGCCCAUGCCUGUUCCUUCACCAUCUUUCUGGGGCUUCUCAUCCUGAACGCUGCAGAUCGAUUUGCAGGGACCACUCUGAUGGCCAACAUGACCCACCACCAGCUUCAGGAUGGGCCUGAGUCUGACCCUCUGCUCCUGUACCGCACUACAACUACCCACUUCACCUGGAUGGAGAUACUCAUACUGUCCUGGGUCAUGGGAAUGAUCUGGGCUGAGGUGAAGGAGAUCUGGAGCCAGGGUCCUGGGGAGUAUCUGGUCGAACCUUGGAACUUCCUGGACUUCGGGAUGUUGGUCAUUUUUUUGGCUUCUUUCAGCUGCCGUGUGUCUGCUCUGAGACACGCUGACUCUGCCCAGGCCUUUGUUUACAAACAUUACACCAGUCUGAUCAAUGUGACACUGCCCCCUGAGAUACACUACUUCACUCUGGCGCGCAUCUUCUGGUUGCCGUCCGACCCUCAGCUGGUAUCUGAGGGCCUGUACGCAGUGGCUGUGGUGCUGAGUUUCUCCAGAAUUGCCUAUAUUCUGCCAGCGAACGAGAGCUUUGGCCCCCUGCAGAUCUCUCUGGGCCGAACAGUCAAAGACAUCUUUAAGUUCAUGGUCAUCUUCCUUCUGGUGUUCCUGGCCUUCAUGAUCGGCAUGUUUAACCUGUACUCGUACUAUCUGGGGGCCAAGCAGAAUGAUGCUUUUACCACGCUGGAGGAGAGCUUCAAGACGUUAUUCUGGGCUAUUUUUGGACUUUCUGAGGUCAGAUCUGUGGUCAUCAACAAUGGACAUAAAUUUAUUGAGAACAUUGGGUACGUUUUGUAUGGAGUCUACAAUGUUACAAUGGUGAUAGUGCUGCUCAACAUGCUCAUCGCUAUGAUCAACAGCUCCUUCCAAGAGAUUGAGGAUGAUGCUGAUGUGGAGUGGAAGUUUGCCCGAGCUAAACUGUGGUUCUCGUACUUUGAGGAAGGGCGGACUCUACCUGUCCCAUUCAACCUCGUCCCAAGUCCCAAGUCAACUCUGGGUUUGGUCACAGCAGUUCGAUCUUUGGCCUACCAUUACAUGUUAGGACACAGUGAGGCAACUGAAACUGAACUCAACCAGCUUGGAGAUAGCAAGUCAUCUGGAUAUGGUUCUUCCUCAAGUCCAACACGAUAUCAGAAGAUUAUGAAGCGACUUAUAAAACGCUACAUCAUCAAAGCACAAGCCGACAGAGAGAGCGAUGAGAUUACUGAAGGAGAGCUGAAGGAAAUAAAGCAAGACAUCUCCAGUUUGAGAUACGAGUUGCUGGAAGAGAAAUCUCUGAACAUGGAAAACCUGGACGGACUGCUUCACAGACUGGCUCAGACUGGAGCCAAGUCUGAGUGACCAACAAGACCAACUGAGAACUUAUAAUGAAUAAAUGUGCCACUCAAGCAUACAAUGGAAGCAGUAUCAAUGUGAAUGUAAAUGAAAUAUCCUUUGUACAGUAAGAUGUAUUUUUAUGAAAUAUUUUGCUUUUACAUUUAAUAAAUAAACU